AUGGUGGUGCUUCCUUAUACUGUUGCUUUCCUACUCCUUUCCUCCUUACAGACUGUAAAAAUUGCAAACUCGCAAUCAUUCAUCGGUAUAAACUAUGGCCAAGUUGCGGACAACCUUCCUCCAGCACCAUCCACCGCAAAGCUUCUUCAAUCCACUUCAAUCCAAAAGGUCCGAUUAUAUGGACCGGACCCCGCCAUAAUCAAAGCCUUAGCCAACACCGGAAUUGGAAUUGUUAUCGGCACUGCAAAUGGUGACAUUCCAGGACUAGCCUCUGAUCCCAAUUUUGCCAAGAGCUGGAUCAACACAAACGUGCUUCCCUUCUAUCCAGCUAGCAAUAUCAUCCUCAUCACCGUCGGCAACGAGGUCAUGACUUCCAAUGACCAGAAUCUCGUGAACAAGCUCUUACCAGCAAUGCAAAAUGUACAGAAUGCUCUAAAUGAUGCAUCGCUCGGGGGUAAAAUUAAGGUCUCCACAGUUCAUUCGAUGGGAGUGCUUAAGCAGUCUGAGCCACCUUCUUCUGGAAGCUUUGAUCCAAGUUAUGGGGAUCAGAUGAAGGGCUUGUUGGAGUUUAAUAGUGCGAAUGGUUCGCCUUUCGCAAUCAAUCCCUACCCUUACUAUGCCUACAGAAGCGAUACAAGGCCUGAGACUCUUGCUUUUUGCCUUUUCCAGCCGAAUGCAGGACGAAUGGAUGGAAACACUAAGAUCAAGUACAUGAACAUGUUCGAUGCUCAGGUGGAUGCAGUUUAUUCUGCACUGAAUUCUAUGGGAUUUAAGAAUGUUGAGAUUGUGGUGGCUGAGACUGGAUGGCCAUUUAAAGAAGAUGACAACGACGUAGGGCCAAGCAUUGAGAAUGCCAAGGCUUACAAUGGCAAUUUGAUUGCACACCUUCGAUCGAUGGUGGGCACUCCACUCAUGCCAGGAAAAUCAGUGGAUACAUACCUCUUUGCUCUUUAUGACGAAGACUUGAAACCUGGACCUGGUUCUGAGCGAUCAUUUGGACUUUUUAAGACUGAUCUCACCAUGGUUUAUGAUGUUGGACUCUCUACAAGUAGCCAGCUCCUCUUCUGCUUCCUUACGUUCUCCUUUUCUGUAUUCCCCUCUCCGUGGUUCUUGGUGUGGCUGCUGGAAUCUUCCUCCUGGGGUUGCUGCUACUGCUCUUCUCCUGGUGUUGCUGCUGCUGCGUUGCUGGAGGAAGGAGCUGCUACUUCGGUUGCUGCUGGGCGUCGCUGGAGGAAGGAGGACUGCUAUGCUGUUGAGAGGGAGAUAAGGAAAGCUGUGUCGGUUUUGGGAGGAAAAUGGAGUGGGAGCAAAAUGGCUGCUCUGGUUUGGCUUUGCAAGAGAGGGGGGUUGUCCCUCGUUGCUGGCUGCUGA